GGCGGACCUGUAGCGUUGUGGCUCUACCGACGUUUCCGCUUUAGGCAGCGCGUGCGGACCAUCCGAUUCCAUCACUGGCCAACACCAAGGGCGUGACAGCAUCCCAGCCCAUGGACGCCGAGCUCAACGAGAAAUUCUACGACGACGCCGAGACCGAGUUCGUCUCCGAGCUCACAGGUAUCAGGGAUCCGGUGGAGUUGAAGAAGCAUGUUCUCCAGGUCCAGCGCGAGAUUUAUGCGAUCCAUCCGUAUCCGUGUAUUCGGGUCUGCGGCUUUGUAGAAUCGAGAAUAUCUCGCUUUCCCGCAUACCAGAACCUCCUGCAGCUCGGAAGGGAACGCACAGGCGCACUGUUUCUCGACAUUGGCUGCGGUGUUGGCAAUGACGCCAGGAGGGCCGUUUUGGAUGGAUUCCCAGCCAACCAGAUCGUCGCCUCGGAUCUCCAUCCCGAAUUCUGGGACAUGGGCCACAAGGUGUUCAAGUCUACGCCUGAGUCGUUCCCGGUCAAGUUCGUCCCCGGCGACGUUUUCAGCGACGCCUUCCUCGCGCGCGGCGACCCCGCUGCCACUCUGGAGGCCACGAACACCCCGGCGGCAGGAAGCGAACGGUCAGUGGACCUGUCCGCCCUGACUUCGCUCACCCCGCUCCGCGGGAAGCUGUCGGUGAUCUACGCCUCGUCACUAUUCCACCUCUUCGAUGAGGAACAGCAGAGCGAGCUCGCGCAUCGCAUCGCGUCACUGCUUUCACCGGCACCAGGCUCGUUUAUCUUCGGGGCGCACGUUGGGAAGCUCGAGAAGGGCCUGUUCGUCGACCAUGCGACUCCUAACGUCCCUGUGGGCACGCUCAUGUUCUGUCACAGUCCCGAAAGCUGGGAGGCGCUUUGGGAAGAUAUUUUCGGGGAGGGCAAGGUCGAGACGAAGGCCGUGCUGGUGGAGGUCCAGCGGCCAGACAUGCCGGAGGGCACGACGUCGCAAUUUAUGGUCUGGUCCGUCAAGCGACUAUGAACGUCGGGCAGUCUUCGAGUCCACCCUAGAGAUAUGUCAUGCCGGUUAGCUCCUCGAGACCAGCAUCUGCGCACAGUUACUUGUACAGGCAUCAGCUUGAGACUUGAUUUAACAAGCCGCUGUCUAGUAGGGUUCUCAUGGCUCGUCGUGCC